AUGGCGCCCAUUGAACUAGCAGCACGUUCCGGAGGCGGCAUGGCGCGUACCUUGAGACGCGCCGCACGACUCCCCGCCGUUUGCCUGUCCUCGACCACUGCACGAAAGCUCUCGAGCGUCAAGUCGCUGCCGCCGACCUACGAGAGGCUUUUCAACAAGUACACGGAUGUCCGUAAAGUCCUGGGCAGGCAGCGGCUCACGCUCGCCGAGAAGAUCCUCUACAGUCACCUCCACAACGUCGAGGAGUCCCUCCUCACCAACACGGACAAUGGGCGAAGCAUCCGCGGCAAGGCCAACCUGCGCCUCAACCCCGACCGGGUCAACAUGCAGGAUGCGUCGGCGCAGAUGGCCCUGCUGCAGUUCAUGUCCUGCAACCUCGCCCGCCCGGCCAUCCCCGCGAGCAUCCACUGCGACCACUUGAUUGUCGGCUCCAAGGGUGCCGCGAGCGACCUCGAGGCGGGCAUCGAGACCAACAAGGAGGUCUUUGACUUUCUCGAGUCGGCCGCCCGCAAGUUCGGCAUGGACUUUUGGCCCCCCGGCGCCGGCAUCAUCCACCAGACGGUGCUGGAGAACUACGCCCUGCCUGGGCUGAUGAUGCUGGGCACCGACUCUCACUCGCCCAACGCCGGCGGCCUUUGCACCAUCACCAUCGGUGUCGGCGGUGCCGAUGCCGUGGAAGCCCUCGUCGGUGCCCCGUGGGAGCUCAAGGCGCCCAAGGUUCUCGGCGUCGAGCUCACCGGCAGGCUCGGCGACUGGGUUUCGCCCAAGGAUGUCAUCCUCAAGCUGGCCGGAGAGCUCACCGUUCGCGGCGGUACCGGCUCCGUCGUGGAGUACUUUGGACCUGGCGUUGACACCCUCAGCCUGACCGGCAUGUCCACCAUCUGCAACAUGGGGGCCGAGGUCGGCGCGACGACGUCGAUUUUCCCCUACACCGACGCCUCCGCCCGCUACCUUCGUUCGACGCGACGCGGCGACGCCGUCGACAAUGUCGAGGCGCUGCAGCGAUUCCCCGGUCAGUCCAUCUCCGAGGACGCCAAGUUCUGCUUCAGGGCCGACGAGGGCGCCGAGUACGACCAGGUCAUCAAGAUCAACCUCUCGGAGCUCGAGCCCUACAUCAACGGGCCCUUCACUCCCGAUCUUGCCACACCCCUGUCCAAGUUCAAGCACACCGUCAAGGACCAGAAGUGGCCCGAGAAGCUGUCGGCCGGACUCAUCGGCAGCUGCACGAACAGCUCAUACGAGGACAUGACGCGCGUCGAGAGCCUGCUCAAGGAGGCCGCCGGCGCAGGCCUGAAGCCCGCCGCCGACUUUUACAUCACCCCCGGCAGCGAGCAGAUUCGCGCAACGCUCGAGCGGGACGGAACCUUGGAAACCUUGGAGGGUGCCGGCGGAAUACUGCUGUCGAACGCUUGCGGACCGUGCAUCGGCCAGUGGAAGCGCCAGGACGGCGUCGAGAAGGGUACCUCCAACGCCAUCCUUUCGUCCUACAACCGCAACUUUCGUGGUCGAAACGACGGAAACCCCGAGACGAUGAACUUUCUUGCCUCGCCCGAGAUCGUCACCGCCAUGGCCUUUGCCGGCUCCACGACCUUCAACCCCAUGACGGAUGCGCUCAAGACCGCCGACGGCAAGGACUUUCGCUUCUCCCCGCCGCACGGCCAAGAAGGCCCCGACGCGCCCUUCGAGUCCGGUCUCAAGUCUCUCGGCGUCCUCUCUCAGCAGCCCGACGCCAAGGUCCCCGUUGCCAUCUCCCCCACCUCGGAGCGCCUCGCCUUCCUCGAACCUUUCCCGCCCUUCCCCGAUGCGGACAUCACCGGACUCCGGGUCCUCGUCAAGGUCACGGGCAAGUGCACCACCGAUACCAUCUCCGCGGCCGGUCCAUGGCUCAAGUACAAGGGCCACCUGCCCAACAUCAGCACCAACACGCUCAACACGGCCGUCAACGCCGAAACGGGCGAGGUCAACGUCGCAUACGACCUCGACGGCUCCAAGCACACCAUCCCCGCGCUUGGUCAGCGCUGGAGGGAGCGUGGCCAGGAGUGGCUCGUCGUCGCCGAGCAUAACUACGGCGAGGGCUCCGCCCGCGAGCACGCCGCCCUCCAGCCCCGCUACCUCGGCGCCCGCGUCGUCCUCACGAAGUCGUUUGCUCGCAUCCACGAGACCAACCUCAAGAAGCAAGGCGUCGUUCCGCUGACGUUUGCCAACGAGGCCGACUACGAUCGUAUCUCCGCCGGCGACGAGGUCAGCACCGUUGGACUCUACGACAUGCUUCGCAACGGCGGCAAGGGCGACGUUCAGUUGAAGGUGAAGCGGGCCAGCGGCGAGGAGUUUCUCGUACUCACCAAGCAUGCCGUCAGCAAGGACCAAGCUCUGUUCAUCCUCGCAGGCAGCGCCCUGAAUUUGCUGUCGAAGGGACAGUAG